GAAGUGCUGGUAGCAGCGUCCCAAGCCGAGCGAAGCGCGGCGUGCCGCCUGCCCCGUUCUCUAUCCCGUGGCCCUGACGGAAACCGUGGCUCGGCCGCGGCGGCGCUGCGAGUUACAGAAUGUCCGAAGGGGACAGUGUUGGCGAUUCCGUCCAUGGGAAGCCGUCUGUGGUGUACAGGUUUUUCACAAGACUUGGACAGAUCUAUCAGUCCUGGCUGGACAAGUCUACCCCUUACACAGCAGUGCGAUGGGUUGUGACGCUGGGGCUGAGCUUCGUCUACAUGAUCAGAGUUUACUUAUUACAGGGCUGGUACAUCGUGACCUACGCCUUGGGAAUCUACCACCUAAACCUUUUCAUAGCUUUUCUUUCUCCAAAAGUGGAUCCCUCCUUAAUGGAAGAUUCAGAUGACGGUCCUUCCUUGCCCACCAAGCAGAAUGAGGAGUUCCGGCCAUUCAUCCGAAGGCUGCCAGAGUUCAAAUUUUGGCACGCAGCCACCAAAGGCAUCCUGGUGGCUAUGUUCUGCACGUUCUUUGAUGCAUUCAAUGUGCCAGUGUUCUGGCCCAUCCUGGUGAUGUACUUCAUCAUGCUCUUCUGCAUCACAAUGAAGAGGCAGAUAAAGCACAUGAUAAAGUACCGGUAUAUCCCAUUCACACACGGCAAGAGGAAAUACAAAGGCAAGGAGGAUAUGGGAAAGACGUUUGCUAGUUAAAGCUGGACUGAAUCCAUCACUCAUAUCUUGAGAACGAUUUUGAGCCAUUGUGGCGGUGGCCUGUCUCAGUACGCUGGCCUGUAUUAA